AUGAGACCCACCUGCUCAAUUCAAUUCCUUUCUUCAAGCGCGGCCGCCUUCGCUUUCCGAAUCCAGUUAUAAACCCCCCUCGCAUGCCCUUUGUUUUACCAUCUGAGUCUCGUCGAUCCUCUCGCUUACAAUCCCCUUCACGUCCUCGUCGCAGUUCGUUGUGAUCUCUCAGUGCCCCCUUGGAAGCUACGAUUGAUUAUUGCGCAAGUUUGGACCGAUUCGGUGAACCAGAGAGGUGUGACUCUUGUGGCUUUCGAAGGGUUCGCCAACAAAAAACGUGCUCACCACUUGCAGGAGAUCGAGAAUUAGGAAAACGAAAAAGAGAGAGAGAGAGAGAGAGAGAGAGAGAGAAUUGGUCGCUAGAUUGUUUCUUGCGCAUCUCGACUUGGUGGAGAAGGAAUUUUUGAGGUUUUGGUUGGAGUAACUGAAGCGACGUUUUGGACGUUGAGCGUUCUCGUUCGUUACAGGAGUGUUUGAAUUGGGACCAAGCGUAUCUACCGAGAGGGUGUGUGCUUUUUUGAGCAUCGGAAAAGCUUGAAAAUGGGUGUGUGGGAAUCUCUGAGGAUUGAAGUACCGGCGAAAGAAGUGGCAUCAACCGGGGGACGGAAACAUGUGUGCGUGACAGGGAACUGGAGUUUGUUGGGGUCUUGGUUGGUGCGCAACCUUUUGGAGAAGGGCUACAACGUGCGCUGCACCUUUCGCACCACCGUUGAUGAGGCAGCAGCUUUGAUGGCGUUGCCUGGAGCUGAGCAACGGCUUGAGCUGACUCAAGCUGACUUGCUGGACUAUGGAAGUCUGGUGGAAGCAUUCAUGGGAUGUGAUGGAGUAUUCCACACAUCCUCCCCCAGCGAUGUCAUUUCGAACUACUCACCCGAGAUGGCCGACUUCGAGGUACGCGGUACCCUGAACAUUGUGGAGGCAUGCGCAAAUUCCUCCGUGAAGAGACUCGUGCUAACGUCAUCGCUUGCUGCCAUGGUUUGGGACCAACAACGGCACGCUGAGAAGGUCAUCGAUGAGAAAUGCUGGAGCAACUUGGAGUUGUGCCGCUCUAAGAAGCUUUGGGGCCCACUGACGAAGACGAUGACAGAGAAAGCAGCGUGGUCCUUGGCACGAGACAAAGAGUUGGAUAUGGUCGUCAUCAACCCUGCCAUCGUGCUGGGUCCCAGAGUGUUCGGCACCACCCAAAACAUUUUCACGUAUUUGAAAGGUGUGACGGAGCUGCCUCAAAGUGGUUUAUUUGCGUACGCCCAUGUCGAGGACGUUGCAGAGGCUCACGUCCGAGCUCUCGAAGCCACCGAAGCAACCGGCCGCUACAUCUGCUACGAGACCGUUGUAAGUGAAGAGAAGCUGGUGGAACUCAUCCGCAAGCUCUACCCAGACAGCAAAAUCCCCUCAAGAUUCUCAAAGAAUGGAGUCCCCCACGUACUGUCGAAUGAGAAGAUUAAGAAACUGGGCAUGGUGUUCCCUGCUCAGCAGAAGCUGCAUUGAGAAACUUGCUUGAAAAUUAAACUGGCUGGUAUUUAUGAACUUUGAUUCAUCACCCAUAUUUUUGUUUUCAGUCAUGGGGAAGAAGAAAGAGGAAAAAAACAGAGGUAGCUGCAUGUAAUUCUUCUUGUCAAGCCACAACAAUCUGAUCCCAACAGGAGCUCUUCGUUUGUGAAGCCUGUAAAUUAAUGUCACUACUAGCGGAAGAAAAUUGUUUUCAAAUAAGUUAACAAAAGCGAAGGGUGAUGUGGCAAGUGAAGGUUAUUUUAUUCAUAGGAAAGGAAGAACAAAAGAGCGUUUCUGUCGUUUCUUUUGAGGUAUCAAGUUAGAAGUUAUGUUUCAAACGUGUUACAUGAAACUGCUCAUUUGUCAGUGUAAUUGGAGUAAUCUUUUAGGUUGCUAGGGACAGAUUACAACCUCUUGGAGCAUUGGGUUCUUGACAAUUGUGUACAAAAAUUUAUUCUUUGUCAAUAAUUUUUUGACAAAGAUUUUAUAAAAGUUAUGGUUUUAAAAACCAGAUGAUA